CUCCCAUAGACUUGCAUUGAGGGGGCGUGACAUCACACGGGAGCGGAGUCGUGACGUCACGAUCUCCCGUCACCGUGGUCAUGAGGCGUUAGGAUGAGACAGGGAGAGACGCACCAGGAGCUUUCAGCACCAUGAAUUGGGGUCUACAACUUCUAGUACUUGGAUUCCUUCUAUGGGACCAGAAUCAUGUUACCUUAGGGCAAAAUACUACAUCAAAAGGACCAGAAACAUCCUCACCUGCACCUCACUCCACCACCAGCAUCCAGAGCACUCCCACUAUCUCUGCACCCAAUGACUCCAACUCGUCAAAUCAGUCACCCGAUGAACCUUCUAGCAUGCAAACAUCCACCACCAUUGCCCCUAUAACAACCAUGCUUGCAUACAACAGCUCUGCUGUCUCUGACGCACUCACUUCUCCAACCAGCAACACCACUAUUCUUCCUCCUACAGAUCAGACGCAGUCUUCUCCCGAUGAACCUUCUAGCACGCAGGCAUCCACCACCAUUGUCCCUAUGACUGCCUACUCACUUGCAGACAACAGCACCGCUGUCUCUCUUGCAUUCACUUCUCCAACCAGCAACACCACUAUGUUUUCUAUCCCAGAUACUACAAGCACUGAUUCCAACCAAACCACAUCACCACCAGACGUCUCCCCUUCUCCAGGAGAGGCUAAACCAAAUUGCAGUUUCGAAGGCCUAAAAGUGCUACCAGCUAAAUACCAGGAACAGCCAGAGACAUUGGAGCUAAUACUUCCUGACAACCUCCAAAAUAAAACCCUGAAUUGCACCUGCUACCAAUGCACAGGGGACUAUAAAUUCCUACUUAAAAGCUUUACUUUCAACGUUUCCAUGUGUUCACCAACACAUAUCGAUUGCUGGUUUGAGGAGUGCCCAAGUGCUAUGUUCAAUAUAACCUUGGAUGUUCCACCCAAACCUGGACAUUACAAUUUAUCUGUCGAAGAGGGCAGACGUAAUAUUUUGUUCAGAUGGUGGGCUGGAACCGAGACCAGCUGUUCUGUGGAUGUGAACUCUAGUUGUUCAAAUGAUACAGACCCUUCAAGCAGGUUCCAUGGAAUAGAUAAAGUGUCCAACCUGAAGCCUUACACAAACUACAGCUGUACUUCAUAUUUAUUCUAUAAAGACAAAUCCAUAGAGAACAAAACUAUAACCACAAGGACCAAACCUGCAGAACCAGAUGUAGUACAGAAUGUGACAUGUAAAGUGGAUACAAAAAGUAUUAAAGUUAUGUGGGAGGAGCCAAACACACCCAAUGGCCCAUUAGAUGGAUACGAAGUUGACAUAUGCAAUGCCACUAACGGAAAUAAUUGCCCAUACAAAGAGAUAAUAGGUGGCGAGAAAACUUUUAAUGCUACUUCUCUAGUUCCUUACACAACCUAUAUUGUCAGUGUUAAAGCAUUCAACGAAGAUGAAGGAAAUAAUUUAUAUAGUGAUCCCAAGAAUAUAAUGUGUAUGACAAAUGCAACAAAACCAGAUGAAGUUGAGAUCAUCUCUAUUUAUGUUGGGACAGAACACAACACUGUCUCCAUUUCAUGCCAUCCCCUUAAAAAUAUUAAUGGGCCCAACGGAAAAUAUAUACUUUUACUAAAUGAUGCAGUGCACAAAAAUCAAACAAAUUGUAAAUUCAUUGUAACAAAUCUCAACUACCUGACAACAUAUAAGUUUACGAUUUAUUAUGAAAAUUAUUUAUUUAAAGGAGAAGGUGUCACAGUAGAGAUAAAAACAAAGUAUAAUGAUAAGGCUCUCAUUGGAUUUCUGGCUUUUUUCAUAACUAUUACUUGCUUGGCCCUGAUCAUUGUCCUGUACAAGAUCUACACUCUGCGGAGAAAAUCUUCCUGCAAUUUUGAAGAUCGAUAUCCACUAAAGGAACAAGACGAUGAGAGUAGUCUCCUAAACAUUGAGCCCAUCCCCCUGGAGUAUCUCCUCGAUACAUACAAGAGAAAAAAUGCUGAUGAGGGACGACUAUUUCUCGAUGAAUUCCAGAGCAUUCCGCGUGUCUUCAGUAAAUUCUCCAUCAAAGAAGCCAGAAAACAGUGCAACCAAUCUAAAAACCGCUACAUUGACAUUUUACCAUAUGAUGAUAACAGAGUGACCUUAUGUGAGAUACAUGGAGAGCCAGGAUCUGACUAUAUCAAUGCCAGCUACAUUAAUGGAUUUAAAGAGCCAAGAAAAUACAUUGCAGCCCAAGGUCCCAAGGAGGAAACUAUGAACGAUUUCUGGAGGAUGAUCUGGGAACAGAAGUCCACAAUCAUUGUGAUGGUCACUCGGUGCGAGGAAGGGAACCGCAACAAGUGCGCUCAGUACUGGCCCUCCACUGAAGAUGAAGUCGAGACGUUUGGCGACGUCAUUGUGAAGAUCACCCAGGAGAAAUUCUUUCCCGAUUACAUUAUCCGCAAACUGCACAUCACCAGCCGGCGUGAAAAAUCAGAGCGUGACAUCACUCACAUCCAGUUCACCGUGUGGCCGGAUCAUGGUGUACCAGACGACCCCAACCUCUUGCUGAAGCUACGUCGCAGGGUCAAUGCAUUAAGCAAUUUCUUCAGUGGGCCGAUAAUUGUUCAUUGCAGCGCUGGUGUUGGACGUACAGGAACCUAUAUAAGCAUUGAUGCCAUGUUGGAAGGUCUGGAGGCGGAGGGCAGGGUGGAUGUGUACGGCUACGUGGUACAGCUGAGGCGUCAGCGCUGCUUGAUGGUUCAAGUCGAGUCCCAGUACAUCUUCAUACACAAGUCUUUGGUGGAAUACAAUCAGUUUGGUGAGACAGAAGUCAGUACAUCGGAGCUGCCACAUUUACUCAACAACAUGAAGAAGGGCGACCUUCCCUCUGAACCAUCUCAGCUGAACUGUGAAUUUCAGAGAUUACCUUCAUAUAGAAACUGGAGACCACAGACGUCAGGAAACCACAUGGAGAACAAAGCCAAGAACCGCAACUCCACAAUAGUUCCAUAUGAAUUUAACCGUGUCCAAGUCAAGGUGAAUGAUGAUGAUGAAGAAAAAGAAAAAACGGAGGACUCCGAUAUGUCUUCAGAUGAGGACACUGACGCUGAGGAGUCCGUCUACAUCAAUGCUUCGUACAUAAUAGGAUAUUGGGGAACACGGUCCAUUGUAGCCGCCCAAGCACCGCUAAAACACACGAUUCCCGAGUUCUGGCAAAUGAUCUUCCAGAGAAAAAUUAAAACAAUUGUGAUGCUCUCUGGACCAAACCAAGACAAUGAAGAUGAAUGUGCGCCAUAUUGGAAAGAGAAGAGCAAGACGUACGGUAAUCUUGAGGUAGAGCUGACUGAGGAACAUCCAUAUGGUAGCUACACUGAACGCUCUUUUGAGAUCAGACACACCAAGAGGAAAGACAUCAGAAAGGUCUUACAGUUCCAUUAUAACCAGUGGGAGAACAUUCUCCCCAAAGAGUCCAAAGGGCUGCUGGAGAUGAUCGAGAAGGUCAGGAAGAACAUUCCAAGCAAGAAUGUGGAGGAGCAGAGCAAGUAUGACAAAUCGAGUCCUCUUCUGGUUCACUGCAGUGAUGGAUCCCAACGAACUGGGACAUUCUGUGCCCUCUGGAAUCUUAUGGAAAGUGCUCAGGUUGAAGAAGUCAUUGAUGUCUUCCAGACGGUGAAAAACUUACGUCGCCAGCGGUCAGGAAUGGUGUCUUCUUUUGAGCAAUAUGAAUUCCUCUAUGACACCCUGGCCAGCACAGUCCCUGCUCAGAAUGGGGACAUCAAGAUAACCAUUCACCAGGAACAGAAACCAAAUAACCAGAAUGAAAUUAAGACCAAAAUUCCAGAAACAAAAGAGACAGUCAUUGACAACGUUACAGAGGACACCCCGCCUGCGCCCAAAGAAGACGAAAUUGUCUCCAAUGGACCCAGUGCGGCCGCCUUUACAGAAGUAUCACUGAGAAUAGACGAAUGAGAAGUGAGUGGAUCAAUAGAAAAUAUAGGAUCUGGGACAUAUUUAUGUCUUUUGGACCUACUUAGGUCAACUGAGCUACUUGGCUCAUGAACAAAACUGGUACUUAACAAUAUAUACCUAUGCCAAUGGGCACAUUGUUAAGAAAUUGAUGCUAAUAAGGAACAGCUGCAAAUAUUUCAUCCAUUAUGUGCAGAGUUUAUGACUGAAGUUUCAAUAAUUUUCCCCACGCGGCGCCGUGUGUCCAAGACGUGUUAAAGUAACAAGCUAGUGAAAUUCUUUCUCGCCAUAUUCCAUAGGAGGCAUAGGCGGCCUGCUGCUCCCCAGAUGCUUCCCGAAUGCAGAGCGUCGCGUCUCCAUCUGCCAUGUACUAUUUGUCCCAAUGUAUAAUUGUUCGGAUAAUCAAUAAUAGCGGUGAAGCUGUGUAUAUAUCCCGAGUAGGCCAAUGAAACUAUGCAAUCUGCAGAUAUUGGAUAAAUUGCUAAUUUGCUUAUUUUUCUGCUCAAGGUGUAUUUUUUUUAUUUUUCAUGUUCAGAAAAGGAUUUUAUAAGGAUUAUUGUGUCUUAGCAUCCAUACUUUUAUUACUAUUAAUAUUCAGCUCCCAUCUUCUAUAAUAAAUGUACAAAAUGUAAGACAUUGUCCAAACCUCAACAUGACUCUAGAUAGGAAUCAGGUAGAUAGA